GCCAGCGUCCUGGCGCGACAGUGAACGCAUCACGGAGGGGGGCUCGCUGCAGCUGGAGCCUUGAGGAGGUCGCUGCUGUUGGAAGGGUCGUCGUCUCCGCCGAGCGCCACCUCGCCUCGCUCUUUCACGGAUUUGCCUGUCGCCCUCUCGCCGCUGUGGAUGAAUAAUCUGGAGGAAAUUAUGCGAGAAAACAUCCGGGAGCGGCUGAGCCGGAGCUCCUCUCUCUUUUCUCCUUCCUCGCUGAGAGUCGCUCGGGGUUUCUAACUCUCCGACUUUGACCUUUAACCACUGCGGACUCUUUUAUUCUCACCUCCACCACAUUUAGAAGGAUUUUUUUUCCAAUUUUAACCCGAGUGCGGAGGGAAAGUUCGGAGCGGAGAAAUGUGGCCCAGUGUGGAGAAAGUGGUUAGCUAGCGGCUAACUAGCCUGAGAAAACAUCCAGGGGCGCUGAGUAAUGCUUCAAGUCGCUCUGGAUCUGUACGGUCACCGGCCUCUUCUGGACGCUGUAGCACUGGAUUCUGAGGCGAUUUAGGUAACCGGAACUGUUGGACCUUUCACCCACGUUCACUGGGAUCAGGCGCUACAUGACAAGUGCCUGAGCAUGUCCAAGCGGAGCCUGUUUGUUCGGCUGGUGCCGUGCCGCUGCCUGCGAGGCGAGGAGGAGGCGGUGACAUCGCUGGACUACUCCCACUGCAGCCUGGAGACCGUUCCCAAGGAGAUCUUUAGCUUCGAGAAGACGUUGCAGGAGCUCUUCCUGGAUGCCAACCAGAUCGAAGAGCUGCCUAAGCAACUGUUUAACUGCCAGUUACUCCACCGACUGAGUCUGCCAGAUAAUGACUUAUCAGUGCUGCCAGCCGCCAUCGCCAACCUCAUCAAUCUCAGGGAGCUGGACGUCAGCAAAAACAGUAUCCAGGAGUUUCCUGAGAACAUCAAGAACUGCAAAGUCCUUGCGAUUGUGGAGGCCAGCGUCAACCCCAUAUCCAAGCUCCCGGAGGGUUUCACGCAGCUCCUGAGCCUGACGCAGCUCUACCUGAACGAUGCCUUCCUGGAGUUCCUGCCCGCCAGUUUUGGCAGGCUGACGAAGCUACAGAUCCUGGAGCUGAGAGAGAACCAGCUGAAGAUGUUGCCAAAGAGCAUGCAGAAGCUCACACAGCUGGAGAGGCUGGAUCUGGGGAGUAACGAGUUCACUGAAGUGCCUGAGGUGUUGGAAUAUCUGACUGGAUUGAAGGAGCUGUGGAUGGACGUGAACAGACUGACCUUCCUACCCGGGACGUUGGGGACGCUGAAGCAACUGCUCUACCUGGACGUGUCCAAGAAUAACCUGGAGGCAGUGGAUGAGCAGAUCAGCGGCUGUGAGAACCUGCAGGACCUCCUGCUGUCCAACAACGCUCUGACGCAGCUGCCAGCAUCCAUCGGUUCUCUGAGGAAUCUCACGGCUCUGAAGGUGGACGAGAACCAGCUGGUGUGUCUCCCUGACUCCAUUGGAGGGCUGACGUCUCUGGACGAGCUGGACUGCAGCUUCAAUGAAAUUGAAUCGCUGCCCUCCACCAUCGGGCAGUGCGUCCACAUCCGCACUUUCGCCGCCGAUCACAACUUCCUCACACAGCUCCCCCCAGAGAUGGGAAACUGGAAGAACGCUACCGUGCUCUUCCUGCACACCAACAAGCUGGAGUCUCUCCCUGAGGAGCUGGGAGACAUGCAGAAGCUGAAGGUGAUCAACCUCAGCAACAACAAACUCAAGAAUCUCCCGUACAGUUUCACCAAGCUGAGCCAGAUGACUGCAAUGUGGCUGUCUGAGAACCAGUCCAAAGCUCUGAUCCCGCUGCAGAAGGAGGAGGAUCCAGAGACCCAGAAGACUGUGCUGACCAACUACAUGUUCCCCCAGCAGACCAGGACUGAGGACUACAUUCCCAACUCUGACUCGGAGAGCUUCAAUCCAGCGCUCUGGGAAGAGCAGCGGAAGCACCGAGCUCAAGUGGCCUUCGAGUGUGAUGAGGACAAGGAUGAGAGAGAAGCUCCGCCCAGAGAGGGGAACCUUAAGCGCUACCCAACUCCGUACCCAGACGAGCUGAAGAACAUGGUGAAGACGGCUCAGUCGGUGGCUCACCGCCUGAAGGAGGACGACAGCGACGAGACGGGACGGGAGGCCAAACCUGUGGAAAGGAACCACGUCGGCCUGCAGGACGUGGGCGUGAAGGUGAUAGAAACAACUUCUACCAAUGGAGUCCCGUCAGAGUCCAGCAUCUCCCUAUCCACCAGUGGUCAGAACCUUCCCACGUCGGAGUCCAGAGAGGCCUCCGAGUCUUUCAGCUCCCAGAACAUGACGCUCAAGUCUUCAGAGGCCUCCAUGAUGAACCACGAGGACACUCUGGAGGACUCUGAGGAGCUGUCCGAUGAAGAGGAGGAGAUGAAGAUCGCCGAGAUGAGACCUCCGCUGAUUGAGAUCUCCAUCAACCAGCCAAAAGUGGUCACCCUGAGUAAAGACAAGAAAGACGAUGGGAAAGACGCAGACUCUCUGCUUGAUGACACGGUCGCCAACAGCAACCAGAACAACAGCAACUGCUCGUCUCCGUCCCGCAUGUCCGACUCAGUUUCUCUGACCACUGACAGCAGCCAGGACAACUCUCUGUGCACUCCAGAACGAGAGUCUAAGAUGCCCUUCCUGCCCAGAAGCAGGCACGAGGACGAGAACAUGAACCCCAAUAAAGAUGCUCCCCGCCUGCUGCACAACGGCAACGGCUCGGAAACCUCCCUGCAAGCCCUCCUGAGGGCGCCGGAGAGACCCGGAGACUAUGACCUGUCCAUGGAGGCUCGACUGGCCUUCCUGGAGAAGGGCCUCAACAAUGGCGUGGGGGACUCGUACUCCAGGUGGGACCAGAUCAACAUGAACGUGUCCAAGGUGCCCCCCGACAACAUGCUGCGGCUGCAUGACACUGCCACUUCCUUGGAGCAAGUGGAAGCGGACUCCAAGCCAAACUUCUCCAAUGACAACAUCCACCACUUCCAGAACGGGAACGCAGUGACCCGAGCCGACUCGUCCGGGGUGACCUGCAGCAGCGACAUGUCUUUGUCUCGCAGCACUGAGGAGCUGUCCCCUGAGAGGCGAUGCGCCCCCCCGCCGGUCAUCAAGGCCCAGAGCAUCAGCAACAUGGAGACAGGGGCCAUGAAGGUCUACUCCUUUGAGACGGACGGGGACCCGUACGGACCUGUGGCAGGUGGACCUCCGGCUGCUGCCGGACCCGGUCCUCCAGGCCAGAACAUUGUGCGCAGCAAGUCUGCCUCGCUGCUGAACGAUCAGGCGCUGCAGGUCUACACAGACCAGCUGUCCAGACCACCGGCCAGCGGCAGGUACCCCGUCUCCUCCAGCAUGGCGCUGGGCCUGCCCCCCCCUCAGUACAACGUUCAGUACACAAACAGUGCCGUUUCUAAGGAAGGUCUGUGGGCGCAGAGGCCCACGGAGCCCCAAGGCUACCCCCAACCUCCAGCGCACUCGCUCGCCAACACUAACUACUCCAACCGCAACCAGGCACCGCCGUACCCCGUGCAGCGGGAUGUGUGGGCUAAAGGGGGUCAGCCAAGGAGCAACACCCUGCAGAGGCAGAGCAGCACCUCCUCCACCGCCUCCGUGGGUGACCCCAGGAGGAUGCAGCUGCCCGAAGGCGAGUACCUGACGUACAGGGACAUCCACACGCUGGCCAGGGGGCCUCUGGCCAUGAGCCAUGCUGCGCACAGGCCACUGUCGGCACGUACGUUCAGCAUCGACGUACCCGGGGCGGUCCGGGCGCCGGGGAGUCGCCCCCAGCCCCCGGAGCUGCAGGAGCGGACCAUGUCGGUGAGCGACUUCAACUACCAGCAGGGGAGUCCCAGCAAGAGAGCCAACGCACGGGUCAAGUCCGAGCACUCACUGCUGGAUGGGCCUGGACCCGGGACGGCAGGUCUAGGAGGAGGACGGGUUCCAGCAGACUGGAGGGACCAGGUCAUGCGACACAUCGAGGCCAAGAAGCUGGAGAAGACUGCUCUCUCCCGCUCCUAUAACUCCCCUCUCUGCCCGCUGGGCUGGUCCCAGUCCAGCAGCUGUAGAGACGUGCGCUCCAGCCAAACCUCUCUGCUCUUUAGCGGCAGAGAUGGACCUCCUGGUGCCGCUCUGGCCUCCUCUGACGACGUGUUUGUUCCUCAGAGCCAGCAGAGCUUCUCCCUGGACCCUCAUCGGAAAGUGCCAGUGAUGAACGGCCAGGUGGUUUCGUCCGCUCGGGCCCCUCAGAGUCAGAGCUCCAUGGCCCGCCAUCCUUCCAGAGAGCAGCUGAUCGACUACCUGAUGCUCAAAGUGUCCCAGCAGGGCCCCCACACCCGGGCCCCUCCUGAAUCCCUGCAGCACGAGAUGCACGUGAAGGUGGAGAAGAACCCAGAGCUGGGCUUCAGCAUAUCAGGGGGCGUCGGUGGGCGAGGGAACCCCUUCCGCCCAGAUGAUAACGGCAUCUUUGUGACCAGGGUCCAGCCCGAGGGGCCCGCCUGCAAGAUCCUGCAACCAGGAGACAAGAUCAUCCAGGCCAACGGCUACAGCUUUGUGAACAUCGACCACGGGAACGCCGUGUCCCUGCUGAAGACCUUCCCCACGACCGUGGACCUCACCAUCAUCAGGGAGGUGCCGGCGUAGGCGCCUGCGGGACUCGGACUCUUGGGAGCCGCCACUGAAUGUCGUGGAGCGGGAGUAUCGUCACUGUGCUUCAUCUAUUUUUGUACCUGCGAAUGCAAACCCUGACUCUCACCUGUGUGUUCCUGUGGACGGACACGACCACUAGGGGGCGAGCUCGCUCCUCUCUCAUCCACUCUGCCUUUUUUUUUUCGGUGUUUGAACGCUGGUCGGCCGUGGCGUCAGCCGGAGAAUGUAUAGAGCGUUGUCUUUCACUUUUGAGUUUGUUCCUGUCGCUUGCCAGAGAUGGACGUGGCCCCGUUCAUCCCGACUCCUCGCCCACGCACCUGGAAGUGGAGCGCCGGAGACAGUUGAGAUGCAGUUAACUUCGCCUUAAACUCGUUCUGGCUGAAGGUUAAGACCUCGUCCACACGACUGCGUUUCUAUCUCGGAACUUCUCCGCCAACGAUCAGCCGAUAUAUUAUGACCGCCUCUAUUCACAGUUUGUCGAGUGGCUGCCGAAGGGCCUGGUCUAGCGUUGUUCUAAGCGAGUUCCUUCAACAACAUACUAGUCGGUGAAGUCACAAGUAAGAAUGAAGCAAAGAGUCCAGGUCAGUUGAUUUACAAGUCGAGUUGCUGACUCAUAGUUACGAGUCAGCCCAGUGCUGACCUACACACACAGUGUGAUCAUAAUGCUAUGGCUGAUCGUUGACUUGUCGUGUGGGCGACUCACCACACAGAGGCGUUGCUAGGUAACCAAAGCGAGUGACGAUAAAGUGUCAUCCGUUUACUUUCAAGGGCUUCAUCUGUCAGUUCUCUUUUUUUUUUGUCGACACAGUUUGCCUUUUUUGUCCUUCAGAUGUGUGUUUGUGUGUGUGUUGCUGUCCAGAGCCGGGAGAGAGUCAAGUGCCAAUGACCUUGAACUGUUUGCAACCCAGCAAUAUCUUCCAGCAGCAGCGCAAAGCAAUAUUUGAUCAUCCAAUUUUAAUGUCAGAAAAAAAAAAUGUUGAUUUUUAACUGUGGGUUUUAUAAGAAGAGCACAGAAGCUAGCUCUGAUCGUCACUGCGAUUUUUUUUUUUUUUUUUUUAACGUCUUGUGUCUUUGUAAAGUAGACAUAUCAGAGAGUCAUCAUUUACCAGCAUGUUUUUAUCACUCGGACGGGUCUCAGCAGGAAGUCGUCCAGCAAUAACCUUAGCAACCACUUGACUAGUUGGUAGGAUUCCGUUGACGUCAGCAGAAGCGUCGCGGCUGCACUGUUCACACACUGUGGAGGUCCAAAGCUGUUUGAGCCCUUUCUUCUUGUUUUGAGUCUUAUCUACCAACGCCGGGGUCAUCGCCGGGUCUCUUCACGACUCGCCGCACGCGACUCUGUCGACAAUCUUGGGAGAGGAAUCGUUGUCUGUCGUCCAUGUUUGUUUGCCUCCCGUUAUUUAUUAGCAUCUUCCAGGACCCAACUAAUUGAGCGUGUAAAUAUCCUCCAACAUUCGAAAGAACCAAGAAAAGAAACUCAAGUAGUUACUGACUUGCGAUUGUAUGACCAGCAAUAAUGUCGAGUUAGCCGCGAUGGACUUGCAGCGAGACGACGAUGGCGACGCAGUUUUCCCCACAUUCCAGAGUUUUGUACAUAAACGUGUUUCCAACCUGUGGAGAAUAAACUAAUGACUUGUAACCUGCACUUGGCUGCGUCUGCUUU